AUGGAUUUCUUAGAACGCGGCUACCUGGACGCGCGCUCUCCUUACGAUUACACUUUUAAUUUUUGGAACGACUACCUCGGGCUGUCGACGCUUGUGGCCAAAAACAAGAUCAACAGCCCCUCCUGCAACCCCAACUCUAUAACCGAGUCGCUCAAAGCGACUCUGGGUCUGGAGGACGACUCCCCGGUCUGCUCCUGCGUCAUGGCGCACAGCCGAGACGGCGACGGCCACUCGGACUGCUGCUGCUGCUGCGCCGGCCCGAGCACCCCGCCGAUCUCCAUCUACGACCUCAAGGAGCGCAUCUCCCUCCUGGCGCCCUACGAGCACCUGGCCGGCGACGCGCAGUUCGCGGACAGAGACGCGCACGCCUACGCCGGCGGCUUCGCCGGUCUCGACCUGCUCUCCGCGGACCGGAGACGCAAACAGACGCAGAGAGGGAAGCCGGAGCCCAAGGUGUGCGUGUUCUGUCGGAAUAACGGCGCGCCGGAGGAGGUUUACGGCACCCACAUCCUGAAGACGGCGGACGGCCGGGUCCUGUGCCCCAUCCUCAGGGCGUACACCUGCCCCCUCUGCAGCGCCAACGGCGACAACGCGCACACCAUCAAGUACUGCCCGCUUUCGAAAGACCAGCAGAGCCAGAGGAUGGCAAAGGGGGGCAGAGCGACUGGCAAACGGCUGAAAAUCUUCUAA